AUGCUCCUGCCACAAAAAUCCCACCUCCUGCCCAUUCUGCUCCUGCUCACAGCCCCCAUCCUCGCGCUUCCCUCCCUUGAAGAUGCCCGUGACCUACUCUUCCCCAACCUCCAACGCAAGUACGAUGCUGUCGCGCACGCCCUCGCCCCCCGCGAUACCCAAGACCUGUCCAACCCCUUCAACUGCACCACCGUCUGCGAAAUCACCAACAGCAACCUCCGCGCCGGCCGAAACGCCUGCAUCAACGUGAGCAACGGCGCCACGGGCGGUGGGGCCAUCCUGCAUAUGGCGGGCUCGACGGUGACGGCGGGCAACAAUAUCAACAUCAACCUGGACGACGCGAGCGCGAACCGGCUGGUCGUGCUGUGGCUGGAGAACGUGACCUUCGCGGCCGGAGGCACCAUCAACGUGAACUUCGGGGAGAAUGGGUGUCUGCUGACCGAUGAGGACUGUGAGGUGGUCAUCUACAUGAGCAAUGUGACCUGGGUGGCGGGGAACACCACGCGGACGGUGGACACGUUUGCUUAUUACUCGCGCUUGGACAAGGGGAAGUGA